AUGGUGCUGCUUAUAAAGAUCCUCCUCGCCGCUUUGCCAGGCAUGGUCGCUGGCCUUUCCCCAACCGCCACGGUCAAGAACGGUACCUACGAGGGGAAAUAUGUUGCUUCAUACGAUCAAGAUCUCUUUCUCGGCAUCCCCUUCGCUCAACCACCCGUUGGGGAGCUCCGUUUCCAGAACCCACGGAGCUUGAACAGCACCUUUGGCACGAGAAACGCCACCGAAUAUGCUGAUUCCUGCGUUGGUUAUGGGAACAGUGCGGCCUGGCCUCACACACUCAGUGAAGACUGCCUGACAUUGAACAUUGUUAGACCUGCUAAGUCAGGGCAGAGUCAGGAUGACGAGCUGCUGCCUGUUGGCUUCUUCACUCACGGAGGAGGGUGGUCGAUGGAUUACAGUGCCAACGGGGUUUAUAAUUUGAGCUUUAUCGUCGAGGAAUCGGCCAAGAUGGGAAAACCGUUCAUUGCCGUCUCAGCAGAUUACCGACUGUCUUUCUGGGGCUUCAUGGCCAGCCAAGACAUCCUCGACGCAGGCGUGGCCAACCUUGGCCUCAAGGAUCAGCGAAUUGCUCUUCAGUGGGUCAACGAGAACAUUGAAGCCUUUGGUGGGGACCCAGCUAAGGUCACCAUUUGGGGCGAGAGCGCUGGCGGCGGCAACGUCGGCUACCAUGCCACUGCCUACGGGGGUCGUGAUGACGGUCUCUUCCGGGGCAUCAUCGCUGAGUCCGGCGCCGAUGGGAGUCACAUGAAGAACCUGACAGAACCGCAGCAGAUCUACGACACCAUCGUCAGCGCUGUCGGCUGUGAUAGUAGCUCAGACAAACUUGCCUGCUUGCGUAUGGUCCCCUUCGAUAGACUCAAUGCGUCGAUCACCCAGGUCUCGGGUAGUUUCUACCCCAUUGUGGACGGGGACAUCAUCCCAGACCUACCAUCGGUGCUGCUCGAUGCCGGAAAGUUCAUCAGGACGCCUAUCCUGCUCGGCACGAACGCCGAUGAAGCCACAAUGUUUGCUGGCACUGGAGCCAGCACGGACGAGGACAUUGCAAGUCUCAUUCAGUCGUCGGGACUGGAUGCAAAUACAACCGAGAUACUGAUGGCACUGUACCCUGACAUCGACUCGCUCGGACUGCCGGCUAAUUACCACGUUCCGCCCGAUGGAGCCGUGGGAAAGCAAUAUAAGCGUUCAGUGGCUUUGCUGACGGAUCAAAUGUUCCUGUCAUGGCGACGCCUGAGGACAGAUGCAUGGUCCAAGUACAGCGCUCCGGCGUAUUCGUACCUGUUCGAGUCACCGACGUCAUCCAAAUCACACAGAGGCACCAGCCAUUUCACCGAAAUCGGCUACGUCUUCUACAACAGAAUCGGGCUUGGAUAUGCCGCCAGCCAAAGCCCGCUCACGAACGCGACCCAGGAUGUCCUAGACCUGGCCAGACUCACGACUCGCAUGUGGAUCAGCUUCAUAACCGACCUUGACCCUAAUCACCAUGGAGUCUCCGGAAUAGACCACUGGCCCGUGUAUAACGCUACGGGUGGUUACGGCCAGAACUUCUAUUUGCAUCCCACCAACGGGGGUGUACGACCUGACACCUUUCGCCUAGCGGGGACGACGUUUAUGAACUCGGUUGCUAAGGAACAGUACGGGCGAUGA